AUGGCUGCCCUUAUCAGCGUGUACUCGUCGUGGCCGGAGAGCUUUGAGUGCUCAACGGGAGAUGGGGACGUGCCUGACGGACACGGCUCGCACAGGACUCCCGCGGACAAAGCAUCGGAGCCGCGCAUCAGACGGCCCAUGAAUGCGUUCAUGGUCUGGGCUAAAGAUGAGAGGAAGCGCCUGGCCCUCCAGAAUCCGGACCUGCACAACGCAGAGCUCAGCAAGAUGCUGGGUGAGAUUAACGUUUAUUUUUUACGGACAUAGUUAAUAUUUUAUAAUUACAUAUUUAGGAUAUUGUUAUUAUUAUUAUUAUUAUUUAAAAAAUAUAUAUAUAUUCUUCUUCUUCUUCUUCUUCUUCUUCUUCUCCUUCUUCUUCUUCUCCUUCUUAUUUAUUUUUAUUAUUACGCUAUAGGCCUACGCAUGCUCUGGCAAAAGUUAUCCUAUGUCAAAUCAGAGCUAUUCAUAGCCUAAACCUUUUCGAAGUUAAUUGAGAUAUCAAAUCAUAACAUUUGUUUCUGUUUUGGUAUAUAAAAGUAUAUAAAGAAAAUACAAUAUAUAAAAACAUAGUUUCUUAGUGUUGUUUAUUUUAUUAUUUUUUUGGGGGGGGGGGGUCUGAUCAUAAACAUUAAAUGUGUGCGCCUUUCACCUUUGAGCAUCGUCCAUAUCUCCUAAAAUAAAAACAAAAAUAACUCCUCCCCUGGACCAAAACUUCAAGUGGCAGUUAGUUCAUGAGUGGAUGUCGCUAAAUUCGAUUAAAAUGCAAUCAAUUCAAUUGCACGUUCUUUACCAGUAGUGGUAGUUUAUCAGGAGGCCUGUGGGUCACUUGGAUUAGUGCAUAAAUCUCAGCGUGCAUCCUGGCGCUCGCUCGCUCGCACGUCGUCAUGUUAUGUUAUAUUUUAAUAUUAUUAUUUCAUACAAUUAUUUUCACCCAUUAGACAUAAAAAAGGGCAAACUAUAUUAGGAAGUUAAAUGUAAAUAUAUAUGUGCUAAUUUGUUUAAAUUUAGAAAGCAUAGACCUGUCCAUUCCCUAUAUUGAACUGACGGGCGAUAACCUUUUAAGGCUCAGAAUUAAGACUUACAUUUGACAUAUUUGUUGCUUUUUCGUUAAGAUUAGGUUGCCUUUCGGUGUAACUGGUAUACCAAUAAUUAAUUAUUUCGUUUAAAUGAUUGCGAUUCAUAUUAUUAAAUUACUAUGCAUAUUACGUUGCUCUUUAAUAAAUGGUAUCCCGUAUUUGCAGUGUGAUAUAAGCAUCUAAUAAAUUCAUCCAGUCAACACGGGAGAGAGAGAGAUAUCAUAGUUUAUUCUUAAUUUACAUAUAUACACCUCAGGAGGGGGAAAUUGACAAUGUUUGCCGUAAAUAUAUGCUAUUGUUUUUCCAUUCUCAGAACGAAGAUUAAGCGUUCAGUAAAGCCAUCUUGUGGGAAUUGGGUCUUAUAAAAGUGAUGGCAUUGCAACCUUUGGUUGUUUUAAUCCUCACUAGAUAUUCAUUCAUUUUCUCGAUGAUAUUGGGAGUUGCUUUUCAUUUGAAUGCAAUAGAUAGGUAAUCAUGUUCAACACAACACUGUGUCACAUUUUAAUGUCGUGGACUAUUGCUUUAUAUAUCCUUUAAAAACUAAUAUUCCACUGAACAUAAAACAAGAAAAUGAGUGUAUAUUAUUGAUAAUCUGUUACCUAAAAAGGUAGAAACUCCAGCACGCAGCUGAUCAUGGAUGUUUUAAAGACAUAAUACAAUGACUUAAAAAAAAAAAAUGUUUCAUUUUAACAACAUUAUAAGUGUUUAUUAUGGAUGGAAAAACAGAUAUUAUGUUUCUUUGUAUCCCACACCAAUGUUUCAGUCCACUUUUUAAAAUCCUUGUUUCUAUUGAACAUGCCAUACAAAUAAAGGCAUUUGAAUUAAUUAUAUGAAGAGUGCCUUGGUCCUCCUUUUCUUUUCGAUGACCAGUUCACCCCUUUGACCAAAGAGCACCGUCUGUCUACCAACAAUUACUAUUGUGUACCUUAGUUAGCGCUUCCCUUCCUCCUCUUUCUACAUAAUACAAUGUCUUAAAAAAAAAUUAUGUUUCAUUUUAACAACAUUAUAAGUGUUUAUUAUGGAUGAAAAACAGAUAUUCUGUUUCUUUGUACCCCACACCAAUGUUUCAGUCCACUUAUACAAUGUAAUCUAAGUCCUGUUACAUCGUUUUUCCUCCAUAAACUAUUUCUGUAUAUGGCCUUACAAACAAUGAACAAGAAAUCAAAUUAUUAUAGUGGACAGUAACGAGUCCUGUUUCUUAUUUUUUCCUCCCCAGGCAAGUCGUGGAAGGCCCUGACCCCUCUUCAGAAGCGCCCGUACGUAGAGGAGGCCGAGAGGCUGCGGGUGCAACACAUGCAGGACUACCCCAACUACAAGUACCGCCCUCGCCGCAAGAAGCAACUGAAGCGCAUCUGUAAGCGCGUGGACCCCGGGUUCCUAUUGAGCAGCCUGGGGGGGCCUGACCAGAAUGCCCUGACUGACCCCCGGGGGAAAGAAGGGGAAGGAGGUAGGUUGUCCUCAUACUCUUCCCCCAGCCCGGUUAGAUCCUUAAGAGAUAUACCGUCCAGCAGCACCUACCCCUACGACCUCCCCACCCCGCCUGAGAUGUCCCCUCUGGACACGGCCCUGGACCACGACUACCCCUCCUACUACCCCACCUCCUCUUCCUCCUCUUCCUCCGUCUCCUGCUCCGAGGAGCAUCACCAGCACCAGCGUCAGGGUCAGAACCCCGGAGGUGGAGGUCACAUGGGCCUGAGUCCUCCACCCUACCACCCUGACUACACCCAGACCCAGACUUCCAUCCACUGUGGUGGCUCCCACUCCCACCUGGCCCACCUCUCCCACGUGUCCCAGGCCCAGUCCGGAGGCCUCAUCCCUGGGCAUCCUCUGUCCUACUACAGCCCAUCCUCAUGGCCCUCCCAGCUCCAGGUCCACCCGGGCCUCCAGCCCCACCAUCACCCCCACUUGGGGCACCUCUCCCCGGGUCACCACAACCAGCACCACCUGGGUCAGCUCUCCCCUCCUCCAGAACGGAACCAUGGCCAGAACCACGGUCAUCUGGAGACUCUGGACCAGCUGAGUCAGGUCGAGCUUCUAGGGGAGGUCGACCGUGACGAGUUCGACCAGUACCUGAACUCGACCGCAGCGGGUGCGGCGGCAGCUGGGGUGGGGGUGUUCCACUCCGAACACGGAGGAGGAGGGAUGACGGUGACGGGUCACAUCCAGGUGACUUCUGGGAGCAGCGUUGUCGGGGAAAGCAGCCUGAUCUCUGUGCUAGCGGACGCCACGGCAGCGUACUACAACAACUAUGGCAUUUCUUAG